GUCGGUCGGGUUUGUACCGAGCCGGCCCGUGUUUUGUAUCUCGCCGAGAGCGCACGUCUCCAGAAUCCUAAUACGCGGGGAGUAAAUGUUUAUCAAGCCCGCAACACUGCUGGAGAAAGUCGCUGAAGCCUCGAUCGCUACGGCAGGAAUGCCGAAAGUGUCCUUCCUGUGUGGAAUAUAGGUCGCCUUUCCUCUAUGUGAUCGCCUGCAUUCCAUCCAGCAUCUUUUCUGGAUGGUGUUUCACUGAGCCAGCGAAAUAACCUCUGAAAAUGCCACGUACAAAGCAGAACAACCCCAAAAACCUGAAAGACAAAAUAGAGGAGGCACAGAAGGAACUUAAAGACCCCAAAACUGCACAUAAAGAUCUCAAUGAAAGUACGGGCAGAAAUUCCACAGGGAUCAAAGGACUGAAGAGGAAAAAAGUUGUGGUGCAAAACCAGCUAAAGAAAAUACCAAAAUCUCCCAUCAAGAAACAAUCACAGACCCAGAAACCCACUUCUACAAACAUCUCCACUACAUCCAAGAAAGCCACACCCUCUUCUUCUUUCUCCAGCAGUCCAUCACAUGGUUUGCCUGAACCUCAAGAUGCUGGUGAUGUACCACAGGAGGCAUCAGGAUCUGGAGAAGUAAAAGUGGAGUACAAGGAGUUGCCCAUCUCAGAGCCGCAGGCUCUCAGCCACAAAACUGCUGCAGAGCAACCUUGUGUUGAAGGACUUGCUCUGACAGAAAGCUGGUGUGCCAAAGGCAGCAACAACUCAUCUCCCUCUCACACAAGUGCUCCUCUUGAGGUACUGCUCAAGGCUAUGGAACCAGAUUUCAACACACUGGCGGAAAGGAAGAACAGUAGUCCAAUAGGAUAUCUUGGAAAAUCAGUUUCCAUUCCUGUCACUUAUUCCGACUAUGCUGUGGCUAUGCCUGCUGUAAAUUAUAAUGUCCAGUCAAAAUCUGCAUUUGUGCCACCAUUCAGCACAGCCAAACAACAGUUCUACAGCAGUGUUGCAUCAACAGGGCAACACACAAUGCAGCAGUAUAUUAACAUGUCAGGACAUCAUCAGCAGGACAAACCAGGAUUCCAGAAAAGCUACAGUGUGGGCCCUUCAUUUACUUUGAGCCAUGGACCUGUUCCUUCUGGUUCUACUGGUUUACCUCAAAGCCAGCCCCCAGUUGUACAAACAUGCCAGUCUCUGUCAGCCACAGUUCCUAAUUCAAUUCAAGUCCCUGUCACACCAGGUUUCAGCCCUGUUCAGAUGACAACUGUUGUAAACUUCGGCACGAGUCAGGUUCCUGAUAUCUCAACUAAAGAGCAAAAACCGAAAAAGCAAGGCAAGUAUGUCUGUGAAUACUGCAAAAGAGCUUGUGCCAAGCCAAGUGUGCUUCUAAAACACAUACGGUCCCACACAGGAGAAAGACCGUACCCAUGUGUUACAUGUGGCUUUUCGUUUAAGACAAAAAGCAACUUAUACAAACAUAAGAAGUCUCAUGCACAUGCCAUCAAAUUAGGUCUUGUGAAAGAUUCUGGAAGUGGAUCCCUCUCUCAAGAGUCUGACAAAGGCCUCACCACACAUUCUGACGCAGAGGACAGCGGGGACAGUGAUGAGGAGGGAAGCACAGCUGACUUAGACCCAGAAUCUUCACAGAGCAGCCUAACAGCUUUAUCUGAGAGCAGUUUGCAGAGUGCAGGCAUAGUACCAGGUAGCCAAGGAGAGUCUGAGCAUUUGGUGGUGUUUGAAACUCUGAAACCAUUUGCCACUCAGAGGGGAUGUGAGCCUAAGGUCACUGCUGCUCUCCCUAAAGUGGUUGUCCACCCAGUUAAUGUUUCUCCUUUGCGGGCAGACAGCCCGAGAGUGAUAGAUUCUGCACCUGAACAUGCCACAGCCCAGAGGCAAAGGGAUUUCCUGCCAGCAAACAUAAGGUCUAGUGUAAUGGUUCUAUCCUCACUGAAAGAAGUAGAUUGCACAAGUCCCCUACAAGACUCAGUUAGUGAGGAUGAAGAUCAGCAUUGUAAAUCACCUCUCGGAGGCAGCCAUGCCCAGCUACAGAGGCAACAAGCAACUGAUUACUCUCAACAGCCACAAGGCAAGUGUCUGCUUAGUCCUCGGAGUCUCGGAAGCACUGACUCUGGCUACUUUUCACGGUCUGAGAGUGCAGAUCAAGCUAUGAGUCCCCCAAGUCCUUUUGUUAAAAUAACCCCACCAGCAGAAACUGACAUUACAAAAACUCCACAAGUUCCUCCUUCCCCAAUCAUGGCUACUGUCAUGCAUGUAGCUCCUGUUGAGAAGUCUCAAGUUUCCCCAGGACAAAUGCGUCCUCCAUUGGAAGCCAAAGCUUUGUCUCUUGAGGAGCGUAUCUCAAAGCUGAUCUCAGACAAUGAGGCUGUUGUAGAUGACAAGCAACUCGACAGUGUCAAACCCAGACGGACUUCCCUAUCCCGGAGGGGUAGCAUUGAUUCCCCUAAAUCUUACAUAUUCAAAGACUCUUUUCAGUUUGAUCUAAAACCACCAGUAAGAAGAUCAAGUUCCAACUCAGACAUACCAAAAUCUCCUUUCACACCUACAGACAAAUCCAAGCCAGUUUUUCUCCUUUCUGUACCGCCUCAGUAUCCAGCUAUGGACUGUUUACCCAUUACAAGAAGUAAUUCAAUGCCUACAACACCUGGUCAAUCAGCACUUUUCCCAAAUGUAACACCUCAGCCCCACCCAUUAAGAAUUUGUCAUUCAUUUGAUGACAAGAUUAGCUCACUAAAUGAUGACGUGUUCUCCUCAGCUCCUUCAACUCCUAAUCCUCGUACAUUAGUCAGGCAGAUUGCAGUUGAGGAUUUGUCCACAAAUGAUGGUCACAUUCUCAUUUCUGUUCAUUCCAUGGACGAGAGUCAUCAUGGACCAAGUAUUACACAUGAGCUGCGAAGUAAGUCCUUUGAGCAUGCAACUGAAAGAAGCCGAAAACCCCAACAGAGCAAAGGGACAAUGUACGAAUGUGAGACCUGCCGCAACCGCUACAGAAAACUGGAAAACUUUGAAAAUCACAAGAAGUUUUAUUGUUCUGAACUGCAUGGUCCAAAGAACAAGCCUAUGCAUGCCAGGGAGAUUGAACCAGAAGUGUUUGGGCGUGGCAUUCAACAGCCGCUGUUGAACAGAAAUGCUGUAAUUACAGGCAUUGUAGAGCAACCAGUAAUGGUAAGAAAAAGAAGAAAAAUUAAAAGUGUUGGAGACGAUGAUGACCAAUCUCCAACUGAAACCACUCCUCCAUGUUCAAGAAGUUUUGACUCCUGCCAAAUAUCUACAAGUUCGUUAGGGCGACCUUAUACCCAUCAAACCCAGUCUAUAAGUAACUCUGCUAUUAUAGGUCAAAUACAAAUCAUAGGAAAAGUUGCUGAACCACAAGAGUCAAGACUAUCUCCAAUACGAGAGGCUCAGAUAAGUACACCAAAUAAAGAACGAGGAGACCUCCAGAGACAAGGAAGUGGAACUUCAGUCAUUCGACAUACCAACUCCCUCAGCCAACCAAAUUCUUUUGAAACAUUGGAGUCUAUUGACAGAUCAUCGCCAGUAGAUCAUGGGGAAAAGGAAGUAAAGAGCUCUACGAAAGGUCACACAGAGGCUGCAGGGAGUUUAUCUUCACAAAGUUACCAUGAGAGAAUGUCAACACCCAAAUGUGCCAGCCAAGGAAUGGAGCAUCAUGGUAAGCAAACAUUUGCCAUUGCAAGUCAUGGUUGCACACCUGCACAGCAAUCCCGACUUGUGCGCCAGAACAACAUUCAAGUCCCUGAAAUCUUAGUAACAGAGGAGCCCGACAGAGAUCAUGAAAGUCAAGUUGUAGAAUCAUCAGAGAAACCUGUAGAAAACUUCAACUGGCCUCAGAGGAGUGAGAGCUUGUCGAAACUACCAACAGAGAAACUGCCCCCAAAAAAGAAGCGCAUAAGACUUGCUCAAAUGGAACACUCCUCUGGUGAAUCUAGCUUUGAGUCAAGUCUCUCUCGUAGCCUCAGUAGAGACAGUAGCUUGUCAAGGUGCUCUAGUAUUUCAGCCUCUUUUGACAGAGAUGAUCCACCAAGAUCUGAUAGUCCAUCCAGGUCAGAGAGUAUUGGGAAGCCACCAGAGGUUCAAGGGCUCCCUGUAGCAAACAACACUCUUGGAGUGCCAGGCAUGAUGAGACGAGCUACCUCCGAACAGAUCAGCUGCACUCAGCCAUCAGUGGAAAUUUCUUGUGAUUACCGUAGCAAAUCCUUUGACUGCAGCAGCAUGUCACCUAGCAGGCCUCUAUCACCAAUAAUGCAGACGACCAUGCCAAAAACUACACAAUGUCCUCCAACUACCCAGGUGCCUCUCAUUGAAAGAAGAAGAGGGCCUCUGGUACGUCAGAUGUCCUUAAAAAUUGCACCAGACCCUCAACUAGCAGGAAAACAGACUGUCUCAAGUCAAAGAGGCCCCUUCAUCAAUGAAUCUUCUGGUUCCCAACCUAAAACAAUAAAUGUGAAUACAUCUACACUUGUUCAGUCUUUUGUCCUGCAUUCUGGAGAGGCCUCAGUACGGAAAAAUGAGCAAAUUGUCCAAAGCAUCAACCUUGGAAGCCAGAUCAAACAACCCCAAGUAUAUGGCCUUCCGCAUCCAUGGCAUCAGACCUCAAGGGUUGCGGCAUGCCAGGUGCAACCUCUGGUCCAUAUGGUGGCUGAUCAGAAAGACAUUCAAAAGAGCUCUGAUGAGAAUAGUAAGAAAAGCUUUGUACCUAAAUAUCAGCUGCAUUGCCCAGUACUGAAAACAGGCCAAACAUAUUCUUUAGCAGGUGUGCAAGGCACACAGAUUACUUUGCCUGUGAUUACAAUACCAGUUGCUAAUGAAAUUAAGGUCUCACAGUCAAAUGAUUGCAUGCAAAAUGUAUAUGUAGCACAACCGGGUUAUCACGCUGUAAUUAAUAAGCCCCCAACUGUACUGCAAGUUGGUUCACAAGGUGAUACAGCCUCUCAAAUUACACCAGUUUCUACACCUGUCCCACAGAUCCUUAUCACCCAUGAGCACACAUUAGCACCUGUGUCUGUGGCUUCUAAGGUCAGUUUCCCCAAAGUGCAUUUUGUGAAUAGUGAUUCAAAGAUUGGACCAGACAUCCAAACUCACAGGCAACCUGGGUCUUUUGCUGUGCAGAUGAAGAACAAUACCACUGACCAAAUUCAAACUGCUGAGCAGAGCAUACUAUCCCUUGGUUCACUACAUUGCACUCAAAAACUGGCUUCUGUAAAUCUAUGCCCACAAGAGGCCACUGCCUCAAGUAAGCGGAUGCUCUCCCCUGCCAACAGCCUGGAUAUUGCUAUGGAAAAGACACAGAAACGGGCUAAAGAUGAGCAUGGUGUUGCAUGUCUCACUGAUGGUAGAUCUCUAAACUACUUAAACUCAAAGAUGUCAGAAAUUACCAGGCAGAGGAAAUUAAUGCUGGUCAGACAGGUCUGUACCACAGAGCCGGUAGACAGCCCAAUUGAGACAGAUGCCCCAGAACAAUUGCCGGAGACUUCACAAGCAGGAAACAACACCCAAACGCCCUCAGUCCCUCAGACAGCAACACCUGAGAUCAACAAACAGGAGAUGAAGAGUAUAACACCUUCUACAACAGUACAUUCUGUUCAAGGUUCUGCCACACGUUCUUCACCUGUACUUCAAAGCCACACCAUACCAGAGAAUACAUCACUGAAGCCACAAGAGAAACUUGAGGAAUGUCGUUGGUCUCCAUCAAAAUCUCCUCUUAGGCCUACAAUAUUUCAGGGACAAGUGAAGUUAGCUUCCUCUGUGUCAGUCGUCAACACAAGAUACAGUCAUCGGCUGUCUUUCCCCAGUCUGAAAACAGCUACUUCCUUUACCUGGUGUUUUCUCAUGAAGAGGAAAUCCCUCCACAUUCAGCAGACAGACCAGAGGAUCUCUGCCUACUCUGCUUGGGUAGUAAACCCCAACAAUCCCAAUCCACUGGGCCUCCCCACCAAAGUGGUGAUGUCUUUGUUUGACUCAAAACUGACAUCCAAGAAAAUACACUACACCCAAGCUAAAACAACAACUUUGAAAUCUGACAUCUUGACCUACUCUGGAAAGUUGAAGGACAUCUUGCCAAAAGUUUUGAUAGAGCAAAGAGCUAUGCCAACUGAGAAUAGUGGCAAAAUGAAACCAGAGACUCAAACAAUUAAUGAGCCAGACAGAGAAUCGAAAUCGGAACCUCAACGAGUGAAGAUUUUUGAUGGAGGUUAUAAAUCAAAUGAGGAGUAUGUGUACGUUAGGGGGCGUGGAAGAGGAAAAUACAUCUGUGAGGAGUGUGGAAUCCGCUGCAAGAAACCUAGCAUGCUGCGUAAACACAUUCGUACCCACUCUGACAUCCGCCCAUUUCAUUGCAUGCACUGCAACUUUUCCUUCAAGACUAAAGGGAACCUUACCAAGCACAUGAAGUCCAAAGCCCAUAGCAAGAAGUGUAUGGAGAUGGGAGUUGCUGUUGGCAUUAUUGAAGACCAGGAUACAGAAGACUCAGGUGAUCGAGGAAGAGCAGGAAGUGCUGACAGACAAGACUCGGAUGGUGAUGAUUCUGAUGGCCCAGAUGAUGAAGACAAUGACGGGGAGGAGGAAGAUGAGGAGGACAGCCAGGCAGAGUCUGGCCUCUCUGCAACACCUUCCGUUUCUGCAAGCCCACAGCAUUUUCCUGCUAACCAGGCCGACAUGGCUCCCAGCUCUCUGCUGGCCCAGAUGUCCAUCAGCCUGAACCCUACUCCUGCUCCCCUACCUCUGCUGCCUAUUGCUUCUGACUCCCAGAGCUCAGACACUGAGUCGGUGGCUAUGACUAGCCCCAUCUCGUUGGUCAGACAGAUGUCAAUCUCUGCUUCCUGUUCCAGCCCCAGCCCUAGUCCCGCCUCUUUCACUUCCCACCCUGUCCCUGCCUCAGAAUCCCACAACUCUGACACUGACUCUGUGCACAUGAUGAGCCCAGUGUCACCUUGCAGGCUGAUGUCCAUCGACUACCCAGACUUUGAUGUUCCCCCUAGUCCCCCAGUGUCAGGCAAGGGCACCAAGCUCGGCCAGCAGGAUGGAGUAUCCAGCACCUUUUCCCAGCCUACAAGUGAGUGCAAUACCAAUGUUGACCGUGGUACCCAGACCUCUUCUGACCCUCUUCAAGGACCCUUGCACUUUCCAAACACAGGUCCAAUUCACGAGCCAAGAAUAGGGGCCACUACUCACCUCUUCAGUCACUUGCCCUUGCACUCCCAACAGCCUCCCCGCUCCCCGUACAGCAUGGUACCUGUGGGUGGCAUUCAGCUUGUACCUGCCGGUUUGGCUGCUUACUCUACAUUUGUACCCAUUCAGGCCGGGCCAGUCCAGCUAACCAUCCCAGCACUUAGCGUGAUCCACAGGCAGUCCAGCAGCCCUCUCCCAGCCCCGAGCACCUCGCCUCGGCCAGAGGGCUCCCCAACACAGCCACUGGUAGUCCAGGAGCCAGUCAGUAGUGUCCUACCUUGUUUCCCUUUAGGCCAAGUGGCAGGACUCCAGACACUUGGUGCUCCUCAGACUGCCUUGCAGCCUGUGGAGACCUUAAGCGUGGUGGGUCUGGCCAACUCCAACCAACUGGUGCCUCAGCGGAGUCUGCCACUAAGUGCCACCCUUGGUGUACAGGUGUUGGCAGCCAGCCCCACCCCUCAGAGCAGCACAGCUUCCCCCACACAAAUCACUGGCCUGCAGAUUGUCAACAUCGCCCUGCCGGCCCUCAUACCAUCCCUCAGCCCCCUCUCAGCUCUCAGCCCACUUUCUGCAACCCAGGACAAGCCACAUAGUCCUGAGGGUGUAGCAUCUGCAACAGCACAAGUUUCUGAAUCACCACAAGCACCUAUGCCCUCAGCCAGUUCUCCAACCGCCAAUUUAGGAGAUGUUCCUACAAACACAAAGCCAUCUACAGAGGUAAAGCAAGUCUCUCAGAGCAGCCCUAGCACUGUAUCUGUGGACACAGAUGUUGUGGAGAAGACUACAGUUAUGGUGCAGACACCGAAAACACCCCAACAACUUUCUUCUUCCUCCUCAUCCACUAAUGAGAAAGGCUCAGGUGUUCCACACAAGACAACAGCAGGUGGGGAUACUGAAGUUAAACUAUGGCAACCUGUCACCAGACAACCAGUGACUGAUGACUACAAUGAAGCCUCCAGUGAUGAUGAGGAUAGACUUGUCAUAGCUACCUGAGAGUCCCAAUAAAAGCUCUUUCCUUUCUGCCUAUGAAUCUCUCCCUCUCUCUGUCUCUCUCUCUCUCUCUCUCUCUCUCACUCUCUUUUGUAAAACUUUGUCACUUUGUAAAACUGAAACACUUCAGGAGGGUUUGCAACUCUGCUAGCCUCCUCUAAAAGCAAAUUUUUUCUGACAUACUGUAUGUGCAAUCAUCAGUGACCAAUUAUUUUAUUUUGUACUUUUCUGUCAGCACCAGAAAGUUUUUUUUUUCUUUUUUUUUUUUUUGUACAUGUUGUAUAUACAAUUGUGCCUUUUUGGAGUUUCUCAUUUAGAAACCUGUACAUAAUAUCUUUUAAAUCUAGUAGUUGGCUAUUAAGUUAGAGACAAUGGAUGUUAAAGAAGAAUGGAUGAGAUUUGUUUUAUUUUUAAAUGUUUUUAUUUUAAAAGAAAAGUUUCUGUAUAUCAUAAAUUUAUGGGGAAAUGAAUGUUGUACUGAUAUAUAUAUACACACAUUUCUAUGGCUUUUGGGGGGGGGGGGGGCAGUGUUUCUGUGCACAGAUGUUGUGGUCAAGUAUUUAUUAUAUUCCAACUGGUGCCCAUUUUGAACUCCAUAAGUCCAUAGGUAUGAUUAAAAUGGUGGCUUUACAUUUGCUGUAUCUAUACUAUCUACAGUAUCAGUAAAACCUUGUUUACAAGUGCACAAAUGCCUCUGAAGUGUCCUUGGGGUAAUUCUCUAUUUUACUCAAUGCAAUUAGCUAUCUGAAUGAGUCUUUUUCUCGUUUAAUCAGUACAGUAUAAAUUGUUACUCACAGUUCUUUUGAAGACACUAGAAUUAUUCAGCAGUUCAAAACACUAAUGAGGGUCUUGAAGAGUCCAGCAAAUGACGUCACCAAUCAGCUCUUUAAAGGAGGUUUUAUUGACUACAACUUGCCCUGGUCUCAAGAGGUACAGAUCAAAAGCUCUCAUUACAGACCAAGGAUGACUCAUUCAAUUGACCGAAGUUGAGGUCUGCCGAGACUGUGGCUAAAGAGCGUCAUCUGCUGGACGGGAGUGUCACUGCAGGCAGAGCAGUGCAGUGCCAUGCAGAGCACAUCAUGCAGAAUGGUGGGGUGGAGGAGGAUGUUGCUUAGUUACCCAGCCCACGGAAGAGCAUGAGAGUGGGUUAGACUCUCUGGAAACGGCUCGGAACAUUCAGUCCAUCUGAACCCAGUGAAUUUGGUUAAAGUGAGAGACCAUUAGAUAUCACAUGCUCACUAGACACUUUUGCAGUCUUGGCACCAUAACUUGAUUUUGACCAACCCCUAGACGUGUUUGAAUAACUUUCCUCCCUAUUCCUGUUGUUGUGCCUCAGUGCAUUUGUAUCAGUGCUAUAAGUGGCAUAACUAGGACCUGUACGUAGGUGAGGUGAUUUGUUGUUUAUUUAUUUACUGACUGCUGUUAUGCCAACCUUCCCUAAGGAUAACGCGGAAAACCGCAUAUUUCCAUAAUUACCCUUAAUGCAGCGCCACUAUUCAUCUGCUAAGCUUCUAAGAUUGCUUAAAUUGUUGUCCUAAACCUUCCAAAUGGAACAGGCAUGAACAGGUAUACCUACUGUAGCCUAUGCGAUACCCUUGCUGUAAUAUUUAAUGAAGUACAUUCAUUAUUCUCUUUUGGAGCUGGCGCACCGUGCAGCACCCGAUUGCAGGUACUGGCAUGAGCUGUCCAACGGGCAGGGCAGACAGACCAGUAAAAGUUUCCUAUCUCAUGCCAGUAUAAUUCGGCACUCUAGUGAAACCAACAUGCAAUGAUUCCGAUGCUUAAAUAAUUCUAUGACUCUAACAGGUUCUGACUGUGAAGCUUUGAAAAUAUCACCAUUCUAUUCACCAAUGACAAUACAUGCUUUCAGAAAUAUCUACGUUAAUUUGAAGGAAUAGUUUUUUAUUUUUAGAAAAUAUCUUGCCAUUUUGUCAUGCAUUUUUGAAGGCACAUCAAAUUAUUAGUUAAGCAUUGUAACACAACAUGCAACCAUUUAAGAUAAUGUAAACGUUUUUGUUGCCAAAUUUACAUAUAGCCUUAGCCUCAUUUCAGUAAUAAUAAUAAUAAAGUACAACUAUUUCACGUGUAGCCUACAUGUGGAGCAUGGGAUAUUCAGGUUUUAAUCAUGUGAUCACAAGAAUUGCAUUUGAGCAAAGCGUUGCUGCAGGUAAAGGUUCACAUUUACUAAACACUAAACACAUUGAUUGUUUGGGGUAAGUUGUCACAAGGAUAAAUGGCCAGUUUGAGGUUUUUCUUUACACAGUAACACAAUACAACACAAACAAUUAAUGAAACAGCAAAAAAAAAUCAGUGAUCAAAUCAGUGUUUUGGCAAGCAGAAACUUGCAACGAGUGACAACUUGCCCCAAUAAAACUGCAACAACCUGCCCCGACCUGACAAUUAAAAAAAAAAUUUAGAAAAAAAUGUGAUUCCCUUGUCCCAAACACAGUUAAACACAUUGUUUUCAUGCAUGCUUCACAAAGAGGAUUCUGCCCGUUUCCAGCCUUGCUGGAGCACCCCCAGAUCAUCACCGAUCCUCCACCAAAUUUCACAGUGGGUGCGAGACACUGUGGCUUGUAGGCCUCUCCAGGACUCCGUCUAACCAUUAGAUGACCAUGUGGAGGAUCGGUGAUGAUCUUGGGGUGCUUCAGAAAGGCUGGAUUCGGGCAGAAUCGUCUUUGUGAAGGACGCAUGAAUCAAGCCACGUACAAGUUUAUCCUGGAAGAAAACUUGUUUCCUUCUGCUCUGACAAUGUUCCCCAACUCUGAGGAUUGUUUUUUCCAGCAGGACAAUGCUCCAUGCCACACAGCUAGGUCAAUCUAGGUGUGGAUGGAGGACCACCGGACUCAUCAGGACUCAAGACCCUGUCAUGGCCAGCCCAAUCUCCAGACCUGAACCCCAUUGAAAACCUCUGGAAUGUGAUCAAGAGGAAGAUGGAUGUCCACAAGCCAUCAAACAAAGCCGAGCUGCUUGAAUUUUUGCGCCAGGAGCAGGGAUGUAGAGUAAUUGAGUAAAAAUACUUAAUGUAUUCAUUCAAAACUACGAGCACAAAGUGAGAAAGACUGACAGUUUUUCUAAACCCCUGACACUUCUACAGAUUGGACAGUUAUGAAGUCAAAAAUAAUCAUUCAUGUUGAAAAUAUACAUAUAUAAACAAAAGGCUUUUGCAAUUAAAUGUGUACAUGUCAUUUAUUUCUACACUUGCCUUCAUAUUUAA